GCGGUGUGCCCGCGGCGCUCUGGUCGCGGCAGAUUCGCCCCGGCCGCCGUCCCCGCCACAGCCUGAGGGGCGCUGGGGAGAACGGGAGGUUUUUGGAAGAGGCGCACAGAGGAGCCCCGGGCUGACCGCCGGCCCCGCCCGCAGGCUCACGCCAUGCUGCGGGCGCUUCCCCGUCUCUGAGGAAAAGCGAAGGGGCGGCAGGGGACGGCGGCGGCGCGAUCGCUAAGAUGCUGAUUUUUGUAUAAAUCACGGCACGCUGGCGCUUGCACGCUGCAGACAUAAUAGCAGCCAGGGCUGCCGCUCCGAGGAGCUGACUGCGCCUGUGGCUCUGAGCUCGGUCCCGUCCGCACCGGCGCUGCCCUCGCUGGGACGGCCGAGUCUGAGCGACGAGAGGCAAACAUGGCCCAAGCACCCACUGAUCCGAGUAGUGCUGAGACUGCUGACCCAGAGGAGAGCUCUCCAAAUAUGAUAGUCUACAGAAAGAUUGAAGACAUCAUUACAAGAAUGCAAGAUGACAAAACAGGUGGAGUUCCCAUCCGUACUGUCAAGAGCUUUCUGUCCAAAAUCCCCAGCGUGGUCACCGGUUCUGAUAUUGUGCAGUGGCUUAUGAAGAACCUCAGCAUUGAGGAUGCAGGGGAAGCAAUACACUUGGGAAGUCUUAUUGCUGCACAGGGUUAUGUCUUUCCAAUCUCAGACCAUGUCCUUACCCUGAAAGAUGAUGGGACGUUCUAUCGUUUUCAGGCACCAUACUUUUGGCCUUCAAACUGCUGGGAACCAGAAAAUACAGAUUAUGCCAUCUAUCUUUGCAAACGGACCAUGCAGAACAAAGCUAGGCUGGAGCUGGCGGAUUAUGAAGCCGAAAACUUAGCAAGGCUUCAGAGAGCAUUUGCAAGAAAGUGGGAAUUCAUCUUCAUGCAAGCAGAGGCCCAAGUGAAAAUCGACAGGAAAAAAGAUAAAACAGAAAGAAAGAUUUUGGACAGCCAGGAAAGAGCAUUCUGGGAUGUGCACAGGCCUGUGCCAGGCUGUGUGAACACCACAGAAAUGGAUAUUAGAAAGUGCCGCCGUAUGAAAAACCCACAAAAAGUGAAAAAGUCAGUGUAUGGGGUUACAGAGGAGUCUCAGCCCCAAAGCCCUGUACACCUGCCCUCCCAACCGGUGCGCAAAACGACAAAAGAGGAUUUCCGGAAGCAAAUAACUUUUCUGAACAUGCAGAUAGAGAGACAUUGUUUAAAGAUGUCCAAAGUAGCAGAAAGUUUAAUAGCCUACACAGAGCAGUAUGUGGAAUAUGACCCCUUUAUAACUCCUGCUGAGCCUUCCAAUCCCUGGAUAAGUGAUGAUGCAGCAUUGUGGGACAUUGAAAUGAGCAAAGAACCUAGUCAGCAGCGUGUGAAAAGAUGGGGUUUCUCCAUGGAUGAGGUGCUGAAGGACCCAGUAGGACGAGACCAGUUCCUUCGUUUCCUGGAAUCAGAAUUCAGCUCAGAAAACCUCAGGUUUUGGUUGGCUGUCCAAGAUCUCAAGAAACAACCUUUACAGGAUGUGACCACCAGAGUGGAAGAAAUCUGGCAGGAGUUUCUAGCUCCUGGGGCCCAAAGUGCUAUCAACUUGGAUUCCCACAGCUAUGAGAAAACAAGCCAAAAUGUCAAAGACCCAGGGAGAUACACAUACGAAGAUGCACAGGAGCACAUUUACAAGUUGAUGAAGAGUGACAGCUAUGCGCGCUUUCUGCGUUCGAAUGCUUACCAGGACUUACUGCUGGCGAAGAAGAAGCCAGAGAAUGAGCAAGGUCGUAGAACUUCUCUAGAAAAGUUCACUCGCAGCGUGGUAAGUUUCUUUUCUUUUCCCUCCUCCCUUUCCUCAGAACUUCAUUUUCAGCUGGGGGAAAUGUAGAUGCUUGACUUUUUAUUUCAUCCUUUAUUUUUGCAGCUAGCAUCUUUGCAGCUUCUUUCUUAAUACUGUAGCUCAUCUAAAUAGUAGUUCUAAAGAUGGGGCUGGGGGUGGGGGGAGAAAUGGCAUAAAACUCAUUCUAGCUUACCAUCAUUGCAAAAGCAAAUUGAUUUUUGUCUAGAAUUAAACACAAAGGUGCCUUUUUGCUGCAUUCCCACUCCAGUAUUUGUUGUGGCUUUUCUUGGCACAAUGAAGUAGAAGAGCAUGGUUCUCAUAGCUCCAUUGCAACAGUAUCCGUACGGUUCCGUAGUGCAUGGAUAAUGAUACGGUCGCAUACAUAUCCACCCACAGCCCUGCAGCCGCUUCCUCCGCUGCCCCCAUCUGUCAGUGCUCAUGUAAAUAGUGAUGUGCGAUAGCCUUUGCCCUGCUCAUGAUAGCAAUACCGGAAAAGGAUCACAGUCACAGCAAGAAACAUGACACUGUUAAACCUUUUAGACAAGUGGACAGUGGGACCUCGAGGGCAGCGGGCAGAUAUCCUCUCUAUUUGUCCUUCAUCAGUCUCCAAUCUCCAGCCGGUUUUCCAGAGCUUGGGCGAAACCUGCUUGCCCCACUUGCGUUCAGGGAUCCAUCUGUGCAGCACUUUUUCUACAGAGCAGAAAAAUAGGGAGAGGGGGCAGGGCUAGAGGCAGAUACUGCAAGUGGAGUGGAGUAGCAGGGAUACUGGAAAGUACAAGCUGUGUUUUGAGCUGCACCAAAAGCAGCAUGACCAACAGGUUGUGAAAGGGGAAUCUGCCCCUCUACUCUGCUCUCAUGAGACCCCACCUGGAGUGUUGCAUCCAGCCCUGGAGUCCCCAGGACAGGAAAGACAUCAGCUGAAUCCAGAGGAGGACCACAAAGUUGAUCAGAGGAAUAAGUACCUCUUCUACAAGGAAAAAGUUGAGAAAAUUUGGUUUGUUUAGGCUGGAAAAGUGAGGGAUUUGGGUUACCCAGCUGUGGCCAUCCAGUACUUUAUAGGAGCCUACAAGAAAGACAAGAGGGACUUUCUACAAGAGCAUGUUGUGGUGAGACAAGAGGGAAUGACUCAAACUAAAACAGAACAGGUUUAGAUUGGAUGUUAGGAAAAAAUCUUUGCUGUGAGAGUGGUGAGGCACUGGAACAGGCUACCCAGAGAACCUGCAGAUGCUCCAUCCCAGGAGGUGCUCAAGAAUGGCGUGGAUGGAGCUUUGAGUAACCUGGUCUAAUGAAAGGUGUCCCUGUCUGUGACAGGGGGGUUGGAACUAGACGAUCUUUAAGGUUCCCACCCCAAGAAUUCUAUGACUCUAUGACAUUCUUGCAUGUGAGUGUAUAUACAUAUAUUUAUAUGUACACUACAUACACACACAUGGCAUAUAAAUAUAGCACCUUUGUACAUCCUGAGAGAAACAGGAAGCUGUGCAGGUAAGUUUGAGCUGCUGUAGAGCAAAUAAGCUGGGAGCAGUUCUUCCUGACACUGCUGUGCUACUGUGCAAGCAAACCCAAAUGUAACAUACAAGGCUUUGUAGAACAUCCACUGGCAGACUUCCUGGGGAAUGUAUUUAUAUCGCUAAUGCAUAUGCACACAUUUAAAAUAUGUUGAUACAAAAUAUAUCACUAUGCCCAUCUGCAUAUUUACUACUUUCUAAGAGUCUGCCAGGGAAAGGAGUAGGAAAGAUUUUCUUUAUUUUUUUUUUUAAACAAACUAUGCAGAAAUAUUUACACCGAGUGGUAAAUUCUGCUCCCAGAUUUGCCAAGUACGUGGAAGAGUAACUCUCACUUUACUAGACUGGCUGGGUUUAUAGUUGCACAGCCAAGGAUGGAUUUUUCUCUUGCAUUUGAUUUGAAGGGUAACUUGACAAGCUAAGUUUGGUAUGCUAUGAUUAGAAUGUAAGUAGCUGUAAAGAAAAUUAUAGUAGAUUGGUCGGCACUUUAGUUCAUUUCUGUCUUACUGGCUAGAUGCUGUAAAUACUUUUUUUUUCCCAUUUCUCUUAAUACAGAUAUAAAAUCUCAUCUUCUGAUGGCAUAGUAGUUACCAGAACUAGGAAGAGUGAAUUUUUUAUACUUUGCAUUAUGGCAGUUUGUCAUUGCCAUCAGAUGAGAAAAUAGUCUACGCUAAUAUGUCAUAAUGUCCUCAGAGGACAGUAUUACCAACGUGAGAACUUUAUGGCAUACUCAGGGGACUGAAUUAGGACAAAGUUAAUUCUGCAUUCUAGUUCUCCAAAAUGCACUGCAUAUCCCUGACUGUGUAAGAGUGGAGCAAUUCAGCAGUCCAUACUUCCAGAACUCCACUGUGCUUUAGUGAUGGCUCAUUACAGGAUUGCAUAUUUAAGUUGGCCCUACACAAGUGUGACGAAGUUGAGUGUAUGUUUAAGGUUUGGCUGCAACAGACCCCCAGUUUUUACUCUUUUAAGGGAGGUGCACUGAGCCUAUCUUGCAAGCAGAUUAAUAUGAGGUCACAUAUCCAGUGAUGGCUGUAAGAGAAAUCUCAAAACCAGGAAGGGCUAAAAGUUUAUUUGCCUUAAAGAGGCAUAAUUGAAGUGAAAUAGUCUCCCAGAUUGACUGAACUAUUAAUUGUGGAUCUGGGCCACCUCCAGAUUAUGCUUCUCUGUCUGGCACUGGGAGGGCCAGUAGACCCCUGGGAAAAUUUUCAGAUUUGGCUAUAGCAUGUGACCCAGCAUUUUGGGAAAUCCCAGAAUCACAAAGUAGUUAUAACUGAAAGGGACCUCUGGAGACCAUCUAGUCCAAUUCUUUUGCUAAGGCAGGGUCACCUAGAGCAAGUUACACAGGAAUGUAUCCAGGUGGAUUUGGACUGUCUCCAGAGGGAGACUCCACAGCCUCCCUGGGCAGCCUAUUCCAGUGCUCUGCCACCCUCAAUGUAAAGAAGUUUAUGAGACAUAAGUCUGGCUAGCCAAUCUCUAACCCAGCCCUCUACAUCCAAGGGGAAGUCUUCCUUUCUCCAGCCUUCCUCUCUUACCUCCAAAGUCUGGGAUUCCCAACCUCAGCAGUAAAAAUUGAGACAUUCAGUUAUUGGGCCUUCUCUAUGUCUCCUGUCACCAGGACAUGUAUCUGAUUCAUCAGCAGCCCCACAUUUUCCCAAAUUUUCCUUUUGCUGCUGAUGUACUUGUAGAAACCCUUCUUGUUGUCCUUCAUAUCCUUGGGCAGACUUAAUUCCAAAUGGGCUUUGGCCUUCUUUGUCACAUCCCCACAUACUCUGACUGUUCCUUUAGUCCUCCCACAUGGCCAAUUCCUUUCCACAUCCCAGAAUCUGUUUGAAAUUUUCUAGAAGCUCCCUGCUCAUCCAAAGGGGUCUCCUGCCCCCUUUGCUAGAUUUCUUGCUCAUGGCGAUACACUGGUCUUGAGCUUGGAAGAAGUGAUACUUGAAUAUUGACCUGCUGUCUUGGACCUCCUUUCUUCUAGAGCCCUUCCUUUUACAAUAUUGUACUAAAAUUCGGGGAACUUCAAGAACAUACCAGAUGGCAUACAGCCAGAGCAGGAGCAUGGAGGUAGAGGUUCAUGAUCCCUUCCUUGCUCAAAACACUGUACUUACAGUGUUGCUUUACAUAUCAGAGAAAGCUGACUUGUAACCAGAAGACCAGACAAGUCCAGCAUCUUAGACAGAGAAUCUUCACCUGAGUGAAAAAAAUCAGAGUCUAAGUUUACCUGUUCUGGUUGCUUGAGUCUCACCAUCUCUUGAUUGACAAAGACAAGAAAAAAUGCAACACUUCAGAAGGAGAAACAGUAAAGCUUUGUGUUGACAAACUGCAGAGUAUUGCAGGCUGUUUGUCUCUUACUUGGGUUAAGCCCCACCCCUGAAGAAUCUUUUAGUGCUCCCAAACUGGUCUCCUGCACUGGGUGGAAAACUGUACACUUGGUUUUGGAAGCACAGACUUGAAGCAAGUAGAAGUUGUUUUACCCACAGGGCCCCUGCUCAUCUCAGAGUCUUAACUCAGGAGACAGGGAUUACCUCCAGACCAUUUUACAUACUUUAUCAAGACAUCAUGAAGCUCUGCUAGCCAACCAGAGGCUUUCCACCCAAUGGGGAAUAAGAAAGAACAGGGAUUUACAUAAUUUUUUAUACCAGUCUUCAACUCCUUCAAGACCCACUGUCUUGUCUUCCUUGAUAUUUUUGAUCAACUUUUUUUUUUUUAAUAUACUUUUGAUGAAGGCAUCUCAUGGCUAAUGAAUGCACCAAGUUUUUGCACCAAAACUUUCUGAAAGCCAGGUGCUAUUUGGUCCACAUUAAGCAUGACACUGAGCUAGAUUUUAACAGGGCAAUUUUCACAGUGGUGAUGGUUUACCUUUUACUUCCAGGUCCUUACAAAGUGUCAGCUGACACCUUAGUGCAAUUGCCAACAGGGGAUUGCUCCCACUGCAGUCAGGUCCUUCUGUAGCAAAGGGCAUGGUUCCCCUUGGAGCAAGGGAACAUCUGUCUGAUCCAGCCCCCAAAAGUCCAGGCACUCUGAGCCUCCUUGACUCAUCUGACAGAAGUCUGAAGGUGUGAUGUCCAUGUGUUUCAUGGCAGCUUUGUUUUCCCAGGACCAAACAUGGUCAUCAGUCAUUUGGUGAGCAUCAAAGGGCCACAUUUGCAUGGUGGAGGAGAACACUACAUGACACGUUCUGCCCAGCGCUGCUGGAGCAGAGGGGUGGCAGAUGUCUUUUCUCCUCUCUUCAGGUUUUGAAGAAUACAUAGGCAGCACAGUGGUAGAACAAACAUCACAGUACCUGACCCCUUUGGCCCUAUGCCGGGAUCCCAUGCUCUGGAAUCACAGGUAUAAAGCUAGGCUGGCUCUUCCAUGCUCUCCAGGGUGCCCUGGGGAGCGGUCGAUAUCACGGAGUUGCAGAGCUGACAGUCGAUUGCUGUGGAGCACUCACUAAUCCACCUCAUUUGAAAAAGGGUGGCACUGCGCAUGGUGGCAGGUUUAUCUUAUUACAAUUUUCCUUUUGAAUACAACGAAGAUUGACAUUAUGAAAGCAGACUUAGCCUGUCUUCUCUCCCAAGUGAAGAUAAAUAGCAUCAUAAAAAUCAGACACCAUGUAUCAUAUAUGUUAUAAAUAAUAUCUAGUAUUGAGGUAAUAACUUAAUUUUAAGGACACACAUACACACAAAUCCAUAUAUCUACAUCUCUCUCUUCUGUCAUAUUUCAUCAUCUUACUAAUUAAAAGGAGCCUGCUAUACUAUUUUUAGCCCUGCAGUCUCAGCUUAGCUGUUUAAACCACUGUAGUUUCCCAUCUGCUUUAGAAAUUAUUUAAUAAUCAGAUAGACAGAAGCUUAGUUCUCAUAAGCUGAGAUGAUCCUUCAGGGCCAAGUGUAGAAGGAAAAUAUAUUUUAAUGAGUACAUUUAGGGGAACUACUGCUGCUUUUUGUCUCACAAAGAAAGCCACCAAGUCUCUGCCUAACUUGCACUGGUAUCCAUUUGCAUUUAAUAAAGGAGGAAAUAGGAUGGGGGUCCUUCAUUGCAUCUUGAGCAUCUCAUCUGUAAAGGCAGCAAUGGGUAUUUCAGCGAUAACAGGGAUUACACCUAUGGAUACCAGCCUCAGCAGGUAACUUAGAUAAACCUGGGCCAUAAUACCCAAACUUGAAUUCAAACUUUCCUAAAACGGCUAUAUUCCAGGGAAGGAAUUUUCCCUGGAAGAAAACAGGUGUUAAAAUUUCUGACUCAGUGUCCAGGUAGUGACUCAGUGCUGAGACCUCUGGAUUUUAUUCCCAGCUGAUAUUUCUUUAAGAACAAAAGGCACACUCACACGUACCACUUUUGAGAGGAUAAGAGUUCUCAGUCUUUGUGCUUUAAAGGACAAAAGAGUGACCAGAGCAGCAAUCUAUUCUUUAGGCAGAAAUUUUACAAAUUCUGGCUGAACUGACGGAUGUGGGACACUAUUACACGUUAUGUUCUUGGACUUGAAAAAGUCUUUACCUGAAGAAGGCAAAGAAUCUCCUGUGUAAAUUCAACACAGUGUUGAAAGAAAAUAGGGUGAAGGAUGAGAUGAUCUGGGUUUGACUUGUGUGGGAAGUAGACUGUAGAUUAAGGAUGUAAGAAUUAAAGUUUUCAAAUGACCCUUCUUCAAAGAAUACUGGACAUUCUGGAUGGAACAUUUUGUACAUCACAUCAAUGAAGACUGAAGACUGUCUCAGUUCCUAGGCACAGGUUAAUAACUGGAUCAACAGACUGGCCCAGUUUCAUUAACCAUAGCAUAGGCAGAAGGAGAAGCUAGGAAGCAGGAGCUGCUGUCAUCCUUGUUAUCAGCACCAGUCUAGUGUUUUUUCAUUCUCACCCAGAAGCAUUGUAGGCAAAGUCCCAAAUGACAUCCUUAAUGGCUGUGGAGCCAGUUUUCCACCUGGAUAUCUCAUGCAAGGAUAACUUUUCCAGAAACAAGAUGACUGGACAUCUUGUAUUCCAUUUAUUUAUCAUGCUCAGUGCCCAAGAUGCUUUCUGUCUGGAGCCUAAAAUGCCCUCCUCCUGCUUGCAGUGAUGCAAACUGACAUUAUCAUGGUAGCAUUUCCUUUGCUUUAGUUUUCUGGUAUCUUUUGGUAAUUUUGUAUUGAACAAUUCUUGUCUCAGGACGUAAAUGGAUCCCAGUUCAGUGCCCAGAGAAAUACAUGGUUGCAUGUUUAAUUUUAGUUCCAUAUGUAUCUGCUCUCUUGCGUUAUACAGCUAUGAAAGCUUUCGUUUCUAUCCUGAUUGCUUGAUUGUCCCUUCCUUGAUGUUCUCAACUGUCUCCCAGCUCCAUGUUGUCACUUUUUCUCUGCUGCUGCUUCCCCAUCUUCCUGACCCUGAGCUUCAUUCCUUGGCCACAGCUACUCAUGCUGUUUUUUGUCUUCUUGGUUUGUGUACUGUUGGAUCAGAGUCCAAGUCAAGCUCAGUCAUAUUCUUAAUUCAUGAGUGUGGUGCCACACAUGUGAAAUGUGUUGAUGGAAUCUUAUCUUUCUCAGGUGAACUGUGUGAUGCUUUGCACAGCUGUGUCAGUGUGAUGUAUUAUAAAUAGUAACCAUGAAAGCAGUGAAGAAGGUGUAAGGCUGAAGAAAGAAUUGCUGCCUGAUGUCAUCUUUUUAACUGGUUCCUUGAUAAUCUCAUAAAGCUGUCAUAUAUUUACCACCUUUCCCACUUUUUCACUUUCCCAGCUCCACCAGCUUGCAUAAAUAGAUCACGGUAUUUGAGGAUAUGGAAAGUAUUCACAGCCUGCAAUAACGACAAAGGCUUAAGCCAUUAUUGGUAGAGAAUAGUGGUUGAAAAAGUGGAAACUAUAAAAAGAUGAUGCACUGAGAUGCUGGUGAAUUGUCUAUCAAAACAGACAGCAAGAAGGGAAGGGAUACAGGAGUGGAUUCCAGAAUUUUUCAGAUUUGGCAUCAAAAAAGACAUCUGGAAAAAGGGUUAUUUUUAUCUUUGGAAGGUAUUUUACUCUAAAAGAAAAUGUGCUCACUUGACUACUCCAAUCUUUACACUGGCUUGUACUGAGAAAAGGAACUUGCAUUUCUUGGGUGACGGGAAGCACCAAACGUACCCCAAGAGGAAAGGGGCUGCAGGCUGUGUUUGCAGCCUGCUGAGUGAUUGUUCCCUUGGUGUGACAACCAGCCAGCAUCCACAGCUGGGGCUGCAGAGGGAUUGGAUGCAUGGCCUGCACAGCACAUGCACUGACUCACCACUGCAGGCAGGAGUGUACUACGUCUGCUCUUGGUAUCACCGUGGUACCUUACCCGGUUUGGUAAGGGGUAAGUUGCAUGUGUCACCUGUAUGCUACAGUCUGCUCUAUAUACAGGGACUCCUUUAAGGGGUAAGUAUUCAUUGUUCCUAGUCGAUGAGUUGUCCUUCACUUCCUAAAAGCACUGCUGUGUAGUGCUGCUGGCACAGGAUGGCAGCUUCCUUUUGCCCCUGCAAGGGCAAAGUGGGUGAGUGGUCUUUGUGCAUAGCAUUUGUGAAAGUGCUUGUGGACCCUUCUGGAUGAAAGGCACUAUACAGAAUUCAAACAAACGUACUAUUAGUUUGCUGUGUUUCAUUUGAGCCACGCACAAACCCUGGAAGAUAAAAGCUGGUACCUUCUCACUACAUACAGGGCUAGCUGCAGAUGACACUAAACCAUGACCUUAGCAAGGUGUUUGGGAGGGAGGGUGUGCUUAACCCCUGCUGUGAUUUCAGCCAAGUUUAUUUUGAUACUAUGGAGAGAUUUGAUAUUUCAGUGGUGCAUCCAUUUUGCUCUGUACAAGACAUUUACAUAUCUGGUUCCCAGUCGUGCUAAAGGCUGUCAGACAAGCUGAGUCCUUUGCACAGAAUCACACCCUGCCCAAGAGCCAGACCAGCAACAUUCAGUUAGGGCAUUUCUGAGGUGGCUUGAAAAAAAGAGUCUGCUAUACCACUGUGUACUGGCUGCAGUGAUCCAUCUGCUCCUCUGUCUUCCUGGGUUUUUGUCCAAGGGAGGAACACAUCCUGAAUUUGUAGUCCGUAGACAGCUUCAACUAAUGGCAAAACUGGUUCACUCUUGGCUACAAGCAGCCCAGACUGCACCACAAAAGAAAAGAUCUUACUUGUGGUGCUGGUGGGAUGGUAGAGGAGGGUUGCAGCUAUUAUGAAGCUGUGCUAGGAGUGGGUGAAAACACAGAUCCUGGUUUGUGCCAUAUACAGUGGUUUACUAGUAUUUCUCCAAGCAAAGUGCAAUCCCUCAUUUAGGAAGGGUAAGAAACUUAAAAUGGGAGUAGAUUAUACUGGUUUUAAUUGGACUGAAGAACUGUUCAGAAUUUAACAUAAGAGAUGAGCUGGAAGAGUAAAAAAGCAAUUUCAAAAGUGGGAAUAUAACCUAUGGUGGUUGAGCUUCACUGUGAUGGACUGGAAUGGCAAGAAGCUCAGGUAACUCAGGUCAGUCAAGCCUUAGAAGAGAAGUGGGGACCACUCUGCAGGAAUUUGGGGGUAACUCAUGAGACUGUGCUGGCAAGAAAGGUGAGCAUUCUGCAUGCUGGAAGCAUCUGGCCCCACCUUACCCUCUACAGCCACUUUGCAGCUCCUGUUUUCAGUUUGUGUCAGUGUGUAAUUAGUAGUAUUGUCCACCACAUUUUGUGUGUUAAUUUAUGUUACUUAUGUUCAAAGUUUAUGUGUCUAUUUUGUGUUGAACUAAGUUAUUUUCCAGUAUUGCUUAUGUUUUUAAUUCAGUUUCUUAUUUAACUUCAUUAAUUUAUGUUUAUCUUAUGUUGACAAUGUAUAUCUUAAUGAAAAAAUCUAAUAAAAAUAAUAUUUUUAAAUGGCUCAAAAAUAAAGCUUCCUUAAGAUCUGCAUUGUAAUAUAACAUUGAAAACCAAACAGUGCUGGCAGUGCUAGGGCCAUAGCAAUCUCUUCAGAAGUAAAAUUUGGUUGCAGGACAUUGUCUGCCCACUGCCAAAUUUCUUGUAGUAUGUUAGCUAAAACAUACGGAAAGUGAGCAGUGCCUGUGAUGAUGUAAAAAACCUCAGAUUCAAGCUGAUGGAAGGAGAAUUAUCUCACCUUCUCUGGAGAUGCAGUCCCAGUUCUCUGCAAAGGGGGAUGGGGCAACAGUGCUCUCCAGGAGAUGACUUCCAGCAAGGUGAUCCUUCUGGCUGGAGCAGACUGGGGAAGGAGAGCCCUGAGCACAAAUGGGAGGUAAAAAGCAAGAAGUGGGGCCAGCUGUAGCAAAUAAAGCCCCAGGCUGGUGGGUGGAAAUUGUGGGGGUGAGGAGGCAGCAUGAAAGCACUUUGGUCUGUAUAGACAUGGCAAAUGGGAGCCUGUGCUGCCAUAUCUCCUCUCUCCCACUGCUGCAACCACAAAGCUGCUUAUGGGAUAAAUCCUGCCUGGAUGUUCAGGUAAGUUGUUGACAAUAUGCAUGAGAGCUCUGGCUUGUGCACGCUGGGAAUGCCUGCAUGCUGAAUUGCACUGUGCUGGGCAGAGCACAUCAGCAUUGUGUGAAGCCAUGGGUACUGGACAGAACUAAACUUUCUAUUUAAAAGUAUUUUUUAAAGUUCCCACUCUUUGCUUCUCUCCCAACUGUGCAAAGUGCUGAUUUUGGCAGAUAAAAGCAAGGAGCAAGAUGGAAACUCUGCUGGCUCGUACAGGAGGUUUGACAGGAGCACUCUCCCUUUUUUGCAUCAAAUCUCAGACAUCCUUUUUUCCUUCUUACUUUGCAUCUUGCCUAUAUUCCUGGAUUUUGCUUCAUUAAAAUAAUUGCUGAUUGCAUUUUACACUUCAGCUCAGUAGCUGCUCAGCAAAGUCUCAGCUACUAAAGAUGUUAACCACCUCCUGUGACCUACAGGUUGGUCUUUAUUUCACUAGGCCUCAGUGAGCCCUGAUGGUCCACAAGCACUGAGGUCCAAUCCUCUGCUGGGCACGUAGCCAAGCAGUUAGGAUGGCCACAUACUUGGAAGUCAUAUUCUAGGGGACAGUUUCAUUAGGUUCAUUAAGAAAUCCCUGAUUUUUUCCUUAGGUGACUCCAAAUUCAGAUUUUACACUGCCUUUAAGAAAUGGCUGCUGUCAUGCGGGUGUUCAAGGGCAAAAAAAAGAUUCAUUCAGCAGCAUAGAGAGAAUUGGACAUUGCCUUUACCAGAUGCAGUGAAGCUCCAUGUCAUCUCAUCCUUGCCUGUAAGCUGUGGAACAGCUCUAUUGUUUGCAGGACAUGACAGAACGAGAAGUCUUCCUGCAUCCAAGACGACACACAACAUAUGCCCUACUGCUUGUGCGAUGCUGUUUGAGCGACAACAGUCUGGGCUUUUAAUUGUAACCCUAAUUAGUAGUGACAAAUAUUUGGGGACUGGAGGACUGAGGAUUUCUUUAUAGACUUUACACCCCAUGUAAAAAGUUUACUCUUUAUAUCCGCUCCAAUCUUGCCUUAAGUUAUUCAGCAUAUACAUGUGGCACAGUAAGAGAAGCACUGAAGUGUGCUGAGCUUGAGAUGGUACACUUUUCAAAUCCCCUGCCAGCCUAGCUUAGAUGAAACUUCUCCUGGAAAUACAGCAGUUGUUGUUGACAUUCUCUUCCAGUGGAGAAAGGAGAGAUAGAGACAGCCACUGGUUUCAUGCUAAACAAGGAUGCAUGGAGGGAAAACAUAAUUUAUUUUGGUUGAACCUUUUUAAAGAAACCAGGUGUUGUUUGUGCCAAGCUUUCACAUCAUCAUAAUCUGAAACAUCCUUGCUCUGUCAGAUACAUCCCCAAGGGAAUUCCAUCUAUUCCAUGUGGUGGAUAAGAUCCAAUGUGCCCUCCUGGACCUGAACUUUUUUGGCAUGUGUUGUACCCAAUUUAGAACUAUUUUAGCUACCUCCACUUCUCAGAGCAGCCUUUUACCUAACUGACUCAGGCACUCACACCAUGCAGCUUCAGGGAAGGGUUGUGGGAUCACAAAGAAUACAGGGGUGCAAAUCACCUCUGGUGUCUCAAGGUGGACACAGGCCACCCUGUCCUGGUUACCCAGACUCUUUUCUGGACACUAAGCAAUAACAUUAAAGCAUGCUGUUGCCAUCCUGGACUCUGGCCACAGACACCCUUUUGGCAAGGAGGGGCAGGUAGGUUUGGAUGGACUGGCUGGUGAUCCUGGGGAGAGUGCUGGCUGCCUGUGCAGUGAGCCGCUGCCCCAUUCCAAAGGAGCCACCCUGUGUGCUGCACUUGGGCUUUUCUCGGUCACCUGAUACAAACCUUUUGUGUCUCCUGAUAGGAUUUGUGCCUUAGAAGCCCUGCAGGGCUAAACCUGAAACAGAGAUACCAUGGGCCAGCCCCUCAACUGGUGUAAAUCAGCAGGACUUCUGUGAAAAAACCCGAGUCAUGUUGAUUUAUAUCAGCAGGUGGAUUGCACAUCCCAUCCAGCUUUUCCACCUGUUAUACAAUGUUUUACUCUCUUCUUCAUUUUAGUAAUAGGAAAGAGAUACCAGUUUUCCUGAUGAAAUGCAGUUUUUCCCUGAUCCUCUUUUAUUUUAAUGAGGAUGUCUAAGGUGAGAGAAUCUUAAACUGAACACCUGCAUCCCAACCAACUCCAGCCUGCAGAUAUCCAUAUCACUCAGACCCAUGCUGUGAGGCUGACAUUUGGCCCUGCGAUGGGUUGGAACAAAAUCCCCUACAUCAGUAUGCCUUUGUUUGGGAGCUGAACAUUACAGCACUUUUGCUUGUAGUCAAAAAUGUCACAGUAUUAAUCCCUCUAUGCAAUUUCAGGGAUUCUUUUGCCAUCUGUUCUAGCACAGAGGUGAACACAACAGCAGAGCAGACAACAUUGUUGCCUGCUUCUUGCUGUCUUAAAACAGAGCUUCUUGCACCCAUCUGUUUGCAUGUCCCCAUUUGUGAGGCCAUUCCCUGGCACAGUUAUCCUCCCAGACAGACGGGCUUUGCACUGGGGACUCAUCCCAGCCUGCAGGCGGGAAGUUUGCUGCAGUUCCCAGGGUAACGCCUUUCCCAUGAGACGGGGGAGCUGCAGAUGGAGGCCACUGCUUUUUCCCUCAAGGAGAAGCAGUUUCCACUGGGAAACCCAUGAGCGAAGUUCUGCUCUGCGCAAACCACGGCCAUUGGCUCUCUUUCCAACCCACCAUCUUUUCCAGGGCAGCUGUCCCCUCUCCUCAAACUGGCCCCCUACCUGCAUUUCUCCUUGCUGCUUUGAAUACAGGAAUGUUGAAAUAGGGGCGGGAUGUGGAACAGUAUUUGCUCUCAGCACUGCUGGAACCUGACGCAGGGAGCUGGCGUAGCCCCAAGCCACCUGCCUGUGAGAAGAUAAUGAGGAGCUGCCUGUUGCAGAUUAGUGAGUCUGACUGAAUAGGCAUUAUAUAAACCAAGGCUUAUUUGUUAAUUUUUUUCCUAAGGAAGUACUCAAAUAUUGGUGGAAACUAACUUUUUUUUUCCCCCCUAAAUUCAGCCAUGUUAUUCUUCAGGAAUUAACAUCCAUGUCGUUAUCAUCUUCUUCCUAUAAAGAGGAUUCAGGGACUGAUAAUUCCUUAGCACUCUCUCUCUGGUAUUUCUCAACAGCAGCAAAAUGACAGCCCUGGUCUUAGCCCCCUAAGCCAUCUUGCCCUGCAGAAGACUUGGCCACCCCCUGGGGUAGCGCUGGACCAAGUUUUACAACAGUGCAUUUAAAAUAAUAAUAGGCAAAAAUUUGAUUUCUACUUAUAAAAAAACAAACAAAAAAUCCCACCCCAAACAUGUGUAACUUGAAUGCCUUGUCUGCAGAGCUCUGGGAUAGAGCUGGCCAUUCCCACGCUGAGCCUCAUGUGUGAAGCACACAGCAAUGACUGUGGGUCUCCUCCCAGGCAGGACAAUCGGCAUGAUGAAGUGUUUCCCGCAACCAACUGCUGGUACACAGAACACAGACAGAUUAGGCCGUGUGUGCCCAUGCAGCUGAACAAAUUAUUUGGUGAAAGUCACACAUCUCAGUAAUGAAAUGCCACUUCUGUGGGGAACAGCUACAUCCUCCUGGAACAACCCUACAUGGAAAAAGAUUAGAAAUCAAAGGGAGAUGGGAAGUGUUUCUCUUUUACUAGAGUAUUAACUUGUUUAAAAAUAUUUAUUUCAAAUAGCCUGCUAAUUUUUAUAUUCCAAAAUUUUCCACAUUUUGCGCUUACUCAUUUUCACCAAAUAAUUUGUUUCUCUUGCUCUUUUUGUGGCUCUUUGUUUGAAACAACAAUCAGUAAGACUUCCCAUUGCAAAGGAAAUCUUGGCUAAAUAUAGUAAUGAAGAGGAGGUUGUUUAAGAGCUUCUAGGUAUUCUACAGCUCUCUGGUAUUCCCUGAAUGUUUAUUUCAAGCAAGACUUUUUUUUUUGCUUUAAGAAAAA